UUUGUGUGCCGGCCCUCAGCUGAUGGCGGUUUUGAAGUUUACUGGCGUCCCAUGACAUCCAUUGCAACACAGAAAGCCUAGUUUGGACUGUGUGCUGUGUGUGGCUCACCUUUAGUUCAGAUUAUCCUUUUACUCACUCUCUCUCUCUCACACACUUUCUCUCUCUCUCUUUCAUUCUCUCUCUCUUUCACUCUCACUCUCUCUUUCUCUCUUUUUCACUCUCUCUCAAGCACUUCUCAGCCACUCGGCUCCUCUCUCCUGCCUCAUUCUGUAGUGUGUGUUAGAUUUGUAUUUGUGGUGACUGGCUGUCAAGGAACAUUAUUGCUUUCCACCUAACAGCCACGAUCAGCCCAGCACAGCCUGUCCAUUUGAGAAACGAGACUGGGCUGACCAGAACUGCCUGAGCUCUGUGGCUGUGGUAGGGGCGUGAGAGAGUGAGUGAUGGCGGACCAGCAGAAGCAGCGCUCCCUCUCCACAUCGGGCGAGUCUCUCUACAUUGUGCUCGGCGUCGACAAAAACGCUGCACCUGAAGACAUCAAGAAGUCAUACAGGAAAUUAGCGCUAAAGUACCACCCUGAUAAGAACCCAGACAAUCCAGAUGCGGCAGACAAGUUCAAGGAGAUCAACAACGCCCACGCCAUCCUCAGCGAUGUCACCAAGCGCAACAUCUACAACCAGUAUGGGUCACUAGGACUCUACGUGGCCGAGCAGUUUGGCGAGGAGAAUGUCAACACCUACUUUGUGCUCUCCAGUUGGUGGGCCAAGGCCUUGUUCCUCUUCUGCGGCGUGGCCACGGGCUGCUACUGCUGCUGCUGCCUCUGCUGCUGCUGUAACUGCUGCUGUGGCAAGUGCAAACCCCGGCCCCCGAGUGACCAGGAGCCCGAGUUCUUCGUCUCGCCCGAGGACCUGGAGGCCCAGAUGCAGGAGGACAGAGAUGGCACCAGCCCCAUCGUGAUGCAGCCCUCCUCUGCCACGGAAACGACCCAGUUGACCUCCGACAGCCACCACUCCAGCUACCGGACCGACACGGGCUACAACUAGCACCAGUCUAGAACCUUUACCCUGGCCUUCUACUCCCACUAACUCCCACUCCCGCCCCCCACUGCCUCCGCCACCCUUAAACCCACUUCCCCAACCCGGGACGAGCCACCAUGCUGGGGCUUCUGGAAGAGGAGCAGCCCAAUCAGACACUGGAAAUGAUGCGCUGAGCGAGUGACGGAGAAGAGAGAGAGAGAGAGAGAGAGAGAGAGAGACUGAGCGUGAGGAUGCCAAGUAGUCUUCAUCUGCUUCCCGCACUGACAGCAACACAUAUCAGCGCCUUUUUUGGAAGGCAGAAAAAGGAGAGAGGUUUUUGUUGUUGUUGUUGUUGUUUUUGUCUCUUUUUUUUGUUUUUGCCUUUUACCUCCUGUCGUUCCAGAUUCUGCUGUCAUCCCUCUACCACCCAUUCAGCACACACAUAUACACACACACACACACACACACACACAUACAUAACUCUCACAUGCACACACUCACUAUGAUUUUAGAUUGUAGCAUUUAAUUUGCAAAUUAAGCUUGUGUUUUUAAUAUUUAUGUUUUAUCCUUUUACUAUGUCAGUAUUGUUAGGUGGUUCUUGUACUGUUCAUUUCCAUAUAGCUCUUCAUGGAGCCUCAGCACUCCAUGUGAGAGAGAUGUUUGUCUUGUCAGCAGUGCAUAACCUGCACGUGUAGCGCUUCCUUUAACCUAGUAUAAUGUAUGUUCUCCAUGAAGCCAGAAAGUCCAGCAGGGACUGAUUCUAAUGAGCAUUAUAAUGAUUACAUUCAAUUACUAAAGACUAUUAAUUAUGAAGAUGUGACCCAAUUACUACAUUGUUGAUCAACACUCCAGAUUGCACCUCUCACACAGACGACAAAUUCUGCAAGUAGAGUUUGCGUCAUUAUUGGGUCUUUACUUGGUUCUUUCAUGACCAUACUAACAUACACUCAAAUAAAAUGAACCCUGGCUUCUCAUUUGGUAUAUUUUCAUUUUGGAAAAAUAAUGUGGAUAAUUCUUUAGACUUGUAUUACAGAGUGUGAUUGUGAGUGUGUGUGCGCGUGCGCACACACACACAGCCUCCCUUUACUAGUCCUAAAAUUUGAUGCUUCAGUUGACCUGUCAUUUCUCUUGGCACAUACCUGUAAUAGAGAUGAGAUAUGAAGUAAUACAGUAAAUCUCAAGCUUGACACGUCCAGGAGCACUUGUUGUUUGCGCAGUAGUCAUAUUGUUGUGUAGGAAUGAGAUAUUCAGCCGUUCAGAGCGGUUAUUCACCUAAUGUGGACUGAUCAUCAUAUUGCCAUACUCACUCACUCACACAAAUCAACUAGUCCUAGCCAAAAGGAGCUGAGCUGAUUAUACUUUGCUGUCAGUGAGUAACAAAAAAGCCAAAACGACAGCGGUUGCUCAGGAUGACCUUUGCCAGUCCGUGUUAGCCAAGCUUGCCAGUCUUCUAGCCACCACCCAUCCUAUUCCCUUGAACACACACAUGCACACACACAUACAAAGACUACUGCUUGUAGAUCCUCUCUGUAUUAACUUCAUACGUGCAUCCACUUUCAACCCCUGUGUGCAGGUUACACUGUAGGUUUGGUGUGCUGUUGGAAUCUGGAGCUGUUGUACCAACCAAGACACACUACUAUUCCAGUGUAAGUGGGAUAGGCAGGGAUGGCAUAUGGUGUUGAGCUGGGGGAUGUAGGAGCGAGGUUGGAAUCUAAAGCGUGCAUGAGUAUUGUGUUCUUCCUUAUGUGUCUCCUGGCUUGGACUCUACAGCACAAACACCAUGAAAGGGUGAGGCAUUUGGUGUGGCUUGCAGUUGUUGUUGCCUUCCCUGCUGAAGUUGCAGUCAGUUCUGUUGCAGUCAAGCCUACACUGCUAACACGUUAGUCACACUGCUCAUGUGUGCUUUGUGACUCCUUCGGUUUUACCAGAGUGCAUAUUUGUUCAAAACUGUUGUGACUGACCAAAGUUUGCUGAUGCGGUUUCCUACCAGCACUGAGGCUACUGUGGCGUUGACCGUCUACUAGAGUUAGUAGAGUAAAAUGGAAACGAUGAGCUUGGAAUCAGUUAGAGUGAGAAGCACAUUUGCAAUGCUGACAUGCCAAAUCAUGGGCUUUCCACAGAUUUAACGGCAACAUGAUCUGUGCAUGAGGUGUGCAACUGAUAACCUGUCUGUUGCUGUGCUUCGGCAUGUGGCAACUCCUGAGGUCGUCCCCAGUUGGGCUGCAGCGUGAGGCUGACUCUGAUGAUGCAAGAGAGGAUGACAACGAUGUCACUGAAGGAAGCCUGUGCUUGCUUCACACCUGUUGCCAUGCCAACAGGUGCUUCUCGGUUGCCAUGCGAACAAGCGCUUCCCUUCAGAUUCUGCUGGAGAACAUGUUGCCUUCCAACAAACCCACAAAAGGUGGCCUCCGGCUCAUCUAUGCAUGUGUGACUAACAGAUCGCUGCUGCAGGCUGGAGGCGGGGAUGCCAGUGGUGAUUUGCCGGUUAUGGUGGCGGUAACUGUUGUCUUCUCUUCCAGAGUGUUCUCUUUAUGACUGAUCGGCCAUUCCAAAGGUGUGAACUGCCAUCACAUCCAUGAGCUUGAUAUUGGAUUCAUCUGUUCAGUGGGCUUAUUUGGAUGAACUCGCUGUAAAAGAAAAAAGUAGAUUUAUUGGGCUUAAUCUCACUGGACCUGUCGUUAGGAUCGCUGUCAGACUUACUUGUUGCAUUCAGUAUCUGAUCCUCUUGAUCCUUCCUGUUGUGUUUUUACCUUUCUGUUAACUAGUUUAGAGUUGACUGAAUACUAAGCCACAUUUGAAUGACGAUGCCCAUGGAUUUGCACUGUUUUUAUUUAUGUUGCUAGUUUCUUUCUGUCCUGUUGCUUCUGUUGUUUCAGUAUAGUUGUGUGUAGCAGACCUAACAUACUUUGACAAAAAGUAUGUUUGUGUGUGUGUGUGUGUGUGUGUGUGUGUGUGUGCUGAAAAGGGUGUUCCUCAACAAGUGUUGGAAUGCAGAUAUUGAUCAGUAUUGCGGCUUAUACUGUGCCCAUGUCCUAUGCCCUCAACUUCCAUAACCCCUGGUACUCUUCGUCUUUCCUCUUCCUCACUGCCCUCAGAUCUCUCAUGCUCUUUUUGACUUGAUAAAGCAAAAGUAUUUACAGUAGCCUCAACUUCCUCCAAAGCAGUUAAUUGGGGGAUACAGAAAAUAAUGAAGGAGAGCGGAAAUAGUGAAAGAUUUAUUUUUUAGGCACAUUACAAUUGCCACGGUCAGAUUUCGUUACUAUGGGUGUGUGAGUUAGGUAUGCUUGUUGUGUGUGUGUGUCUGAAUGUAUAUCUGUGUGUGCCGGGUGUGGAGGGCGAUGGGGGUCAAGCCUUUUUUCGAGGAACCCCUAUUCCAGUUGGAACUGUACUGAUCCAUUCCCUGUGCGCUGUAAAAGCUCACAAUGGGACACUCUUAACACCCGUUAUGACCAUGAGUAUGUUUCCUAUGUGGACUGUGGAGGGUAGCGGUGUGUGUCCAUCUCUAAUAUUUAUCUUUUCAAAUGUAACUUACUUGUCAUAUUUGUUUUAGAUCCAAGGUCUGUCUGUGUGAGUGUGUGAGUUUUGAUUCCAUGACCCACAGUGUUUCCUAUAUUUUCCUUUAGUUGUAAAAUGAUUUAUGUUAUCUGUGUGAGUGCUGAAAGUAAAUAUAGGCUACUGACAAUCAGUGAAGCCAGGAAUGGUAGAUAAUGUCUAUAGGGAUACAGAACUUUUGUGUUUUUGUUUUUCGAAGUGAUCUGAUAAGAAUCAUACUACCAUAGUACUCCCUAAUCUGUUUUAUUUUGCAUAAUUCAAUUUUGAUUAAUAAUACUGCAAACAUCUCUGCUUUUGUUAUAGUUUUAGACUAGAAUCUUGCAAUUAUAGAUUUAAAAAGUGGUAGUAUAUUUUGAUUUUCUGGCAUUACGUUGACAAGGGAAGUUUUAGCUGUGACCUUUCUGUGUCCUGUUUUGUGUUUUUAGCAGAACCAAAAGAGUCUCCUUUUUUAUUUUAAUGUGAUCUGGAUCUCUGUGGAUCGAUGUCUUCUGGUUUAGUUGCUUGUGUUGCCUGUGACAAACCGACAUAUCCUUGUCUCUAUGGUGACCUUUUGACCUGAAAAUAAAGGCAAAUUGUCAGUGUGGACAUCUAUACCAAAACUAGUCAAAAUGAACCAAACAGUAAAACACAACACAAUACAAGUACAACUUUAUAAUUAAUGAAGUUAUAUAAUGCAAUUUUAUUUAUUCUGUUUUUCUUAUGGUUUUAAUGAAGUACCGUAGUCCAAAUAGUGUGCAUGUAGAUUUUGGGAAGAUGCUAGAUUGAUCAAGAUCCUCAUACUCAAUGACUUUGUCAGUUGUAUGUAUUGUAUCUUGAGAGAAAGCAGACAUUUCAUUCUGUUUUGCUGUUGUUAAAAUAAAUGUUUCUGAAAUUAA